AUGAUCACAGACGCCCAGCUGUACAGCCUGGCCAUUUUCCUCGGCAGCGCGGCCAUGCUGAUGAUUGUGCUGUACCACUUCCUCGAGGUCAACGCGGAGGGUGACGACAAGUUGAAUGGGGAGCUGAGGGACGAGAAGGCCGGCGUCGGUGCUGUCAAACCGCCGGCUGCUGUGGGCGAGGAGGCUCGGUGA